AUGUCUGCCAGGAAUCAGGGUUUGGUGCCCAAGCGUAUUAUUAGUUCCUUAAAACAAACUGAUUAUAACCAGUGGCAAAGAGAACAGACACCGAGAGGACAAAAAUUAAGAUUAUUCCUGCCCCCUGCCAUAUCAGCAGUAUUGAAGGAGGAGGACAAGAAGUCCCUGCAGAAGAUAAAGGACAAGAGAUCAGCGGAACGAAAGGCUCCAGGCAUGGGCUUGAAAGUGACCUCCUCCUCCAGGCAGAAGCUUGGUUGGCAACCAGUCAGGACUAAAGACAAAGCAAAGACAGACACCUUGGAGAACAUCAAAAUCCUGCAGCGACUUUCAAAGAGCAAGAUGGCCAGUCUGGAAGAAUUAAAGCACCAUUCCCACGUGCUCCUGGAGAAGAACCAGGACCUUGUGGAGGAGAUCCAGGAAAUUGAAGCUGAUUCUGCCAAGCAUGCAAGGUCCCUUCUGCAGCAAUAUGACAUGUUUGGGAGGAUCAUUGCAACUCUGCGAGACUCCAAUCAGAACCAGGUCGGUGUCGCCAGAGCAGAACUCGAAGCAGUGGAGAAGAUGGUGGAGAAGAAUAUGGGAAAACUGGACCUGGAAUUGAAACGGGUCAGCACUAAAGUGCACACCUUCCAGGAGGAGGUGAACGUCUUGCGAACCUACAUGGACAAGGAGUACCCAUUAAAAGCGGUCCAGAUCUCAUCUCUUUUGCGCAGCAUCCGGAACCUGAGUGAAGAGCAGCAGGAUGAAUUGGAAGAUACAGAAGAUCUGGCCAAACGCUUCCUGGAAACCUUAGCAGGAAAAGCGAGGGAAGAGCAAGAGCGCAUUUUACAGACGGUGGCUGAUAAGACGCUGCUGCAGUAUCAGGACGGCCUUGAGCAAAUGCACAGGAACAACAUGGAACUGAAAAAACAGAUAGAAACCCAAAAGGAGAUAAUUGAAGACCUGGUGAAAGAAAUCAAGGAGUUGCACAAGAGCAUCAUAAUGUUGCACCAAUCGCUCGGGGACCCGCGCGAUGUGAUUUUCCCAGAUGUCCUCCUGCGCAGACCCAGAUGCACCCCAGAUAUGGAGGUUAUUCUCAACAUCCCUACAGAUGAAGAUUUCCCCCUGUAG